AUGCGUCUCGCGUACGUCGUCGCGGCGACUGUGGUGAACCUGUUGGCUUGGAGCGACGCCAUCUCGUCCGCGGUCGACCCGAAGGCUGUUCUUGGGUCCGGUGUUGCUCGCGUGGAUCUCGUGGUGGAUGGCCACGCCAACGAAUUAGGCACGAAGACGCUUCUGGAAGAGGCUCCUCCUGUGCACAGCGACUCGGAAGCGGCACAAGUCGACGGUGAGGAGAGGCAAAUUGGCAUCGCUGAAAAAGUCAAGUCGCUAUUCACGAAGGCUUCGCAAAGCGUCGUGGUGGCAAAAGCCACGAACGUAGCAUUGGCAGCUACGGGUACAGCAAAGGUGCAAGCUACGAAUCUCGCUGCGCAACUGAAGGCAACCAUCGAUACGUCUCUGGCAGCGGCGGCACCACUUUGGACCCAGCUGGGCAAUAAUCCGACCUCUCAAAUGAUGAAGACCAAGAUUACGGAGCUCUCACAGACGGCCACCAACCUCAUGAUAAACGGUGCGACCAAGGGUAAGACCUCAGUUGAAGCGCUCGCACUGAACUACGAGGCGGCUUUGAAUGGGCUAUCAAGAAAGUCGGCAUCGAUGUGGACGACGCUGGCUGGUAGUCCGGCUGUCAUGAAAGUCAAUAAGAUGCUUGGUGAGCUGGUCACAGACCUGGUAAUGACAUCCGCAACUUUCGUCAUUAGAGAGACACUUCAAAAGGAGGCAUCGAAGUUGGAGAAUAUCAUCGUGCGUUCUAUCAACAAGCUGCUACCGCAUCGGAAAAGGAUUGCCGCUGAUUUGGCCGUGAAAAUCCAGACCAAGCGUACGAGAUUUGCACAGAAGGUCGCCGACGCCGCGGUGAAAGCUGCGGUCAAGUCCACUAAACUGUUUUUCAAGACGAGCGCAAAAAUGAUCAAAAUAAACAUUGAUAAGCAUUUGGGCAACUUAGCACCGGACCGGAAGAAAGUAGCCAUCGGCUCAAUCAUACCUCCUAAGACGAAAUUCACGGAGCUGACAGAUGGGGUCAAAGCCAUGUUGAUGACAGCCACGAAAUACGCAAUCAAGAACAGACUGAAGAAACGCAAAUUGAACUUCAAGGUGAAGAUCAAGAGCUUUUCUCGCAGGUCGACCCGGCACCAGAAAACGAAGGCUACUGAUCGUACCGCGAACAAAAUUAACACGAAAAUCAAGGAGUUUGGAAAAAAGGUUUCGAACGCGAUCAUGACAGUGGCGGAAUCGACCAAAACGAUACUGCAAAACCUCACCCUGAGGUCAAGUUGA